AUGAUGGUUAACGGGCAUGUGAUUGGGAGACGAUACAACAAGCUACAGGACGAUUUUCCCUCUCUGCGCGAGUACAACGACUAUCUGGAGCACGUGGAGGAUAUAGUGUUUCGGUUAGUGGAGGGGAUAGAUGCGGCGGCAACAGAGGCGGAGGUGAGGGCGUACGAGGCAAACAAUCGAGACAGCAUUGCUGCUGCCAGAGCCAAGCGGGCAGAGCGGCGAGCAGCCGAGCUGAGAGCAGCAGCACUGCCGCCCAAACCGGGGGAAUCGUCCGUGUACCAACUGAUAGAACAGCAGGAGAGGGACCAGUUGGAAAUGACUACCGAUUUCGCCUCAGCAGCAGCAGCAGGAGCAGGGGACAUGGCAGCAGGAGGGGCCUUCCCGCCUCGGCCAAUGGGCAUGCUGCAACCCAUGCCUGUGCACCAUACCGACAGCAGCCUAGGCUCGGCAUUGAGCCUGACUCCGGAGCAGCAGCAGGCUCGGAUCUUGAAGGGGCAGAAGGCUGGCGGAGUGGGUGGGAGUGGGUGGGAGCGGGUCAUGGGGAGCGGGUCAUGGGGAGCGGGUCAUGGGGAGCGGGUCAUGGGGAGUGGGUCAUGGGGAGCGGGUCAUGGGGAGUGGGUCAUGGGGAGUGGGUCAUGGGGAGUGGGUCAUGGGGAGUGGGUCAUGGGGAGUGGGUCAUGGGGAGUGGGUCAUGGGGAGUGGGUCAUGGGGAGUGGGUCAUGGGGAGUGGGUCAUGGGGAGUGGGUCAUGGGGAGUGGGUCAUGGGGAGUGGGUCAUGGGGAGUGGGUCAUGGGGAGUGGGUCAUGGGGAGUGGGUCAUGGGGAGUGGGUCAUGGGGAGUGGGUCAUGGGGAGUGGGUCAUGGGGAGUGGGUCAUGGGGAGUGGGUCAUGGGGAGUGGGUCAUGGGGAGUGGGUCAUGGGGAGUGGGUCAUGGGGAGUGGGUCAUGGGGAGUGGGUCAUGGGGAGUGGGUCAUGGGGAGUGGGUCAUGGGGAGUGGGUCAUGGGGAGUGGGUCAUGGGGAGUGGGUCAUGGGGAGUGGGUCAUGGGGAGUGGGUCAUGGGGAGUGGGUCAUGGGGAGUGGGUCAUGGGGAGUGGGUCAUGGGGAGUGGGUCAUGGGGAGUGGGUCAUGGGGAGUGGGUCAUGGGGAGUGGGUCAUGGGGAGUGGGUCAUGGGGAGUGGGUCAUGGGGAGUGGGUCAUGGGGAGUGGGUCAUGGGGAGUGGGUCAUGGGGAGUGGGUCAUGGGGAGUGGGUCAUGGGGAGUGGGUCAUGGGGAGUGGGUCAUGGGGAGUGGGUCAUGGGGAGUGGGUCAUGGGGAGUGGGUCAUGGGGAGUGGGUCAUGGGGAGUGGGUCAUGGGGAGUGGGUCAUGGGGAGUGGGUCAUGGGGAGUGGGUCAUGGGGAGUGGGUCAUGGGGAGUGGGUCAUGGGGAGUGGGUCAUGGGGAGUGGGUCAUGGGGAGUGGGUCAUGGGGAGUGGGUCAUGGGGAGUGGGUCAUGGGGAGUGGGUCAUGGGGAGUGGGUCAUGGGGAGUGGGUCAUGGGGAGUGGGUCAUGGGGAGUGGGUCAUGGGGAGUGGGUCAUGGGGAGUGGGUCAUGGGGAGUGGGUCAUGGGGAGUGGGUCAUGGGGAGUGGGUCAUGGGGAGUGGGUCAUGGGGAGUGGGUCAUGGGGAGUGGGUCAUGGGGAGUGGGUCAUGGGGAGUGGGUCAUGGGGAGUGGGUCAUGGGGAGUGGGUCAUGGGGAGUGGGUCAUGGGGAGUGGGUCAUGGGGAGUGGGUCAUGGGGAGUGGGUCAUGGGGAGUGGGUCAUGGGGAGUGGGUCAUGGGGAGUGGGUCAUGGGGAGUGGGUCAUGGGGAGUGGGUCAUGGGGAGUGGGUCAUGGGGAGUGGGUCAUGGGGAGUGGGUCAUGGGGAGUGGGUCAUGGGGAGUGGGUCAUGGGGAGUGGGUCAUGGGGAGUGGGUCAUGGGGAGUGGGUCAUGGGGAGUGGGUCAUGGGGAGUGGGUCAUGGGGAGUGGGUCAUGGGGAGUGGGUCAUGGGGAGUGGGUCAUGGGGAGUGGGUCAUGGGGAGUGGGUCAUGGGGAGUGGGUCAUGGGGAGUGGGUCAUGGGGAGUGGGUCAUGGGGAGUGGGUCAUGGGGAGUGGGUCAUGGGGAGUGGGUCAUGGGGAGUGGGUCAUGGGGAGUGGGUCAUGGGGAGUGGGUCAUGGGGAGUGGGUCAUGGGGAGUGGGUCAUGGGGAGUGGGUCAUGGGGAGUGGGUCAUGGGGAGUGGGUCAUGGGGAGUGGGUCAUGGGGAGUGGGUCAUGGGGAGUGGGUCAUGGGGAGUGGGUCAUGGGGAGUGGGUCAUGGGGAGUGGGUCAUGGGGAGUGGGUCAUGGGGAGUGGGUCAUGGGGAGUGGGUCAUGGGGAGUGGGUCAUGGGGAGUGGGUCAUGGGGAGUGGGUCAUGGGGAGUGGGUCAUGGGGAGUGGGUCAUGGGGAGUGGGUCAUGGGGAGUGGGUCAUGGGGAGUGGGUCAUGGGGAGUGGGUCAUGGGGAGUGGGUCAUGGGGAGUGGGUCAUGGGGAGUGGGUCAUGGGGAGUGGGUCAUGGGGAGUGGGUCAUGGGGAGUGGGUCAUGGGGAGUGGGUCAUGGGGAGUGGGUCAUGGGGAGUGGGUCAUGGGGAGUGGGUCAUGGGGAGUGGGUCAUGGGGAGUGGGUCAUGGGGAGUGGGUCAUGGGGAGUGGGUCAUGGGGAGUGGGUCAUGGGGAGUGGGUCAUGGGGAGUGGGUCAUGGGGAGUGGGUCAUGGGGAGUGGGUCAUGGGGAGUGGGUCAUGGGGAGUGGGUCAUGGGGAGCGGGUCAUGGGGAGUGGGUCAUGGGGAGUGGGUCAUGGGGAGCGGGUCAUGGGGAGUGGGUCAUGGGGAGUGGGUCAUGGGGAGUGGGUCAUGGGGAGUGGGUCAUGGGGAGUGGGUCAUGGGGAGUGGGUCAUGGGGAGCGGGUCAUGGGGAGUGGGUCAUGGGGAGUGGGUCAUGGGGAGUGGGUCAUGGGGAGUGGGUCAUGGGGAGUGGGUCAUGGGGAGUGGGUCAUGGGGAGUGGGUCAUGGGGAGUGGGUCAUGGGGAGUGGGUCAUGGGGAGUGGGUCAUGGGGAGUGGGUCAUGGGGAGUGGGUCAUGGGGAGUGGGUCAUGGGGAGUGGGUCAUGGGGAGUGGGUCAUGGGGAGUGGGUCAUGGGGAGUGGGUCAUGGGGAGUGGGUCAUGGGGAGUGGGUCAUGGGGAGUGGGUCAUGGGGAGUGGGUCAUGGGGAGUGGGUCAUGGGGAGUGGGUCAUGGGGAGUGGGUCAUGGGGAGUGGGUCAUGGGGAGUGGGUCAUGGGGAGUGGGUCAUGGGGAGUGGGUCAUGGGGAGUGGGUCAUGGGGAGUGGGUCAUGGGGAGUGGGUCAUGGGGAGUGGGUCAUGGGGAGUGGGUCAUGGGGAGUGGGUCAUGGGGAGUGGGUCAUGGGGAGUGGGUCAUGGGGAGUGGGUCAUGGGGAGUGGGUCAUGGGGAGUGGGUCAUGGGGAGUGGGUCAUGGGGAGUGGGUCAUGGGGAGUGGGUCAUGGGGAGUGGGUCAUGGGGAGUGGGUCAUGGGGAGUGGGUCAUGGGGAGUGGGUCAUGGGGAGUGGGUCAUGGGGAGUGGGUCAUGGGGAGUGGGUCAUGGGGAGUGGGUCAUGGGGAGUGGGUCAUGGGGAGUGGGUCAUGGGGAGUGGGUCAUGGGGAGUGGGUCAUGGGGAGUGGGUCAUGGGGAGCGGGUCAUGGGGAGUGGGUCAUGGGGAGUGGGUCAUGGGGAGCGGGUCAUGGGGAGUGGGUCAUGGGGAGUGGGUCAUGGGGAGUGGGUCAUGGGGAGUGGGUCAUGGGGAGUGGGUCAUGGGGAGUGGGUCAUGGGGAGCGGGUCAUGGGGAGUGGGUCAUGGGGAGUGGGUCAUGGGGAGUGGGUCAUGGGGAGUGGGUCAUGGGGAGUGGGUCAUGGGGAGUGGGUCAUGGGGAGUGGGUCAUGGGGAGUGGGUCAUGGGGAGUGGGUCAUGGGGAGUGGGUCAUGGGGAGUGGGUCAUGGGGAGUGGGUCAUGGGGAGUGGGUCAUGGGGAGUGGGUCAUGGGGAGUGGGUCAUGGGGAGUGGGUCAUGGGGAGUGGGUCAUGGGGAGUGGGUCAUGGGGAGUGGGUCAUGGGGAGUGGGUCAUGGGGAGUGGGUCAUGGGGAGUGGGUCAUGGGGAGUGGGUCAUGGGGAGUGGGUCAUCGGCGCGGAGAGUGGGCGAUGGGACAGGAGAGUGGAGAGUGGAAGCCCAACUUCGCAGCAGAUUCCUCACCUCAUGUCUGCAGCAGAUUCCUCACCUCGUGUCUGCAGCAGUCGAUUCGAUACUGCCUUCUCCUGCUGCUGCCUGCAGUAUCGAGCAGCGAAAAGCUGCUUGUCCUUUCCUUUCCCACCGUCCUCGAUCCCGUGCCCUCGUUCUCUCCCCUCCCUUUCCGUCGCCCUCGUUCUCUCCCCUCCCUUUCCGUCGCCCUCGUUCUCUCCCCUCCCUUUCCGUUGCCCUCGUUCUCUCCACUCCCUUUCCGUCGCCCUCGUUCUCUCCCCUCCCUUUCCGUCGCCCUCGCUCUCUCCCCUCCCUUUCCGUCGCCCUCGCUCUCUCCCCUCCCUUUCCGUCGCCCUCGCUCUCUCCCCUCCCUUUCCGUCGCCCUCGCUCUCUCCCAUCCCUUUCCGUUGCCCUCGUUCUCUCCCCUCCCUUUCCGUCCCCCUCGUUCUCUCCCAUCCCUUUCCGUCGCCCUCGUUCUCUCCCCUCCCUUUCCGUCCCCCUCGUUCUCUCCCAUCCCUUUCCGUCGCCCUCGUUCUCUCCCAUCCCUUUCCGUCGCCCUCGUUCUCUCCCAUCCCUUUCCGUCGCCCUCGUUCUCUCCCCUCCCUUUCCGUCGCCCUCGCUCUCUCCCAUCCCUUCGUCGCCCUCGUUCUCUCCCCUCCCUUUCCGUCGCCCUUGCUCUCUCCCCUCCCUUCCCGUCGCCCUCGUUCUCUCCCCUCCCUUUCCGUCCCCCUCGUUCUCUCCCCUCCCUUUCCGUCGCCCUCGCUCUCUCCCCUCCCUUUCCGUCGCCCUCGUUCUCUCCCCUCCCUUUCCGUCCCCCUCGUUCUCUCCCAUCCCUUUCCGUCGCCCUCGCUCUCUCCCCUCCCUUUCCGCCGCCCUCGCUCUCUCCCAUCCCUUUCCGUCGCCCUCGUUCUCUCCCAUCCCUUUCCGUCGCCCUCGUUCUCUCCCCUCCCUUUCCGUCGCCCUCGCUCUCCCCCCUCCCUUUCCGUCACCCUCGUUCUCUCCCCUCCCUUCCCGUCGUCCUUGCUAUCUAG